AUGAUGUUGGUACCAAAGAUAAACCCGGCCCUCGGAAAGUUCGUUUGUCGACCUGCUCAAGGGAGCGCAGACCAGGCUUGGAAAUCGUUCGGCUUUGCAAGUGCGCGUGCCUCAAGCAAACGAGCUCGAGCGGCGAUUGGGGGUGACUCUGUGAAACACGCCGCGAAUCAGGCUCUGGCUGCUACCAGUAGAAGCAUCGAGAAGACGGUGGCAAGUCCUACUCCGGAACAGGCGCAUGUCAUGGGCGUGGAAUCUGUUGUGGAGGGGGUCGAAUGGAAUCUAAGCACGGAACAGCUCCAGGCGUUUCGAGCCUCGGGGCCACACCUUCUACGGAGAAAGUACGUUUCGAUCGGCCGAGACGAGCACCAGCGGUUAUUCGUAGCAGAGCUCUCAGCAAUCGUUCGCGUAGCCUCCUUAGACACGAAUGGUAGCGCCGAGGGAGCUCGUACUGCCUCAGGAAGGAUCGAUACGCCUUUGCUUGACUUUCAGCGGACAACUACGGACCCUGCCAAUCGAUGCGAGGGAAGAACGUCACACGUUGACGCCGCUACGGCUACGAAGGGAUUUACGCUCACAUGCAUCGAGGCCCGAAGCGGCAGCGGCAGCGGCAGCGCUCUUGAAGAAUCAGAACACCGAGUUCACGUUCCGCGAGCACCACCGCCUCUGCCCGAUAUCGCUUCAGGGCGUGCUCAUCUAGACUCCGGGUGUACUGCUGCCUCAACCGACGGAAGGUGCUACCACCAGCGCCCCGCAGCGCCAGCGGUGUAUGCGGUAGAUCUCACGCACUCGGAGGUCGAUGCGCUGGUCGGGCCGAGCUUGGCAUGGAAGGAUCCCUUCAAGCGUAUUCCCAGGUACCUUUCUCGAGAGAGUCAUGCUGACCGUUCCACUGCGAACUCUAACACUUUGAAAACGCUCAAAAAGGAAGGUAGCGAUACCGUCCGCGACCUCGAAGCUACCAGCUGGACCGCUUGCUUGGACUCCCUCUGCAGACGAUUGCGGGCCACCGCGAAGGCGGUGGAUGCUGGAAGAGAGGGGGCACUUGAUGGCCGGCCACCGGUGGUGGGGAAGCAGGCGUUCGCCUCAGACAACACGGCCAGGUCGACCAGCGUAGACCCGUCGAUAGGACCGUCCGACCCGAGCGAUGAUUCGUCAGCAUUAAACGAAGAGCGCCCGCAACAGCGGUACCUACGAGAGGAGUUGCCGGUGGACACCGCCGUCGAGGGUCAAGGGUGCCCGGUGCCUGACACCGCGAAGAAAAUGUUCUCAGUCGCCUCGCCCUGGGACGGGGACACUGGUAGUCUUGAUGAGUCUCAGAACAGGCAAGCUGUCCAAGCCCUCCCUCUGCUACGCAGGAGGCCAGCCAGGCACAAGACGGGGGAAGACUUGUUUUGGCUUGACAAGACGAUCCUUAAGGUCGGGGCACGAGUGCCCUGGGGUCGCUUGCACAGAGGGAGGUUUGCGAAGAUGCUUUUCACGGUGAGCCUCGGGAAAGGCUGUCGCGGCUUGGACUUUGUCGCGACCAGCAACAGCCCCACGGCAGACCCCAUGCUGAGAGGGUGCUGGGAGUGCCAGGCGACUGACCGCGAUCUCGCCAGGUAUCUAAGCCCGGGGCGGUGCGGUGCCGUUGAAGGAGAAACCCGCCGGCGAGUUAGACACGAUUCGUAUGACCCCCAGCGAUGCGCCGCCGAGCUGCACGAAAGGGGAGAGCUGGUGUGGGCUUGCGCCGAGAUAGCGCGAAAGGCUUUCCGGCUGGUGAUGGUGGUUCCGGGAGGAGUUGUUCUGUCGCUUGCUGGCGCCCCUAUUGCGGGAGGGAGGGAAGUGGCGUGGCCUCAGGAUGUCGAGGAGGACAGAGCGCUGAUCAAGGCCUCGAUCGAGUUGCAACGAUGGUGGCGAGGGUGCAUCAGCCGGAAGCGCACUCGGUGGCUUCGCAUGGAGCGCGAGGGAAUGCGACGCUUGUCCCGACUGCGAGAACAGGCCGUAGCCGUGAAGAAGAAGACGGAAUUGGAGGCGAAAGCAAAGUUGUUGCUUGAUGAGGAGAGGCGAAACCGGGCACAGGUUGUGUUGGCAACCGCAGCGAGGGUUCAAGUGGCAAGGAAGGAGGUUUCCCGCCGACGAGCUGAGCAAGCAGCACGUCAGUGCCAAGUCGAUCGAGACGUGGCCGCUGAACGGGAAGAAGCCGCCAACUCGAUGCCGCUACGCCAGGUUGAAUUACCUGCUGCGGCAGCCGAUGAUGUUGCGUUAUCAGGAGGGAUCGCCAGCGACGAUCCUGAGGUCGGCAUAAGUGCUACUGACACGGCGCCUGGUCUAGCUCGUCUCGAGACGGUGGUGACGAUCGAUGGCACAGAAGUACAUUUGACCGCUCAUGUUAAAGAGGUCGUGGAUACCGACGCCGCCAGGGGAAGUGGGGACGGAGGCGAAGACCACAAGAAGCCACUCGAGAUGUUGCUUGUGGCCGUCGACAAGAAAUCCCGCAGGUCUUCCAGACUAUCACUCAAAGCUCCCGAUAUCGCCGAAAUUGUUGCUUCUCAUCACGGCGGCGGUGGCGGUGGGGGCGCCAAGAUCACCACGGGAGUCCAAGGAGCCCUGCGGGCGGUGGUGAAAAAGCUGACCGUGUUUAACAGCAGGAGGAAAGAUCUGUUCAUUCUGUCGUACAAGGGAAAACAAGUCACCGCACCGCACUAA